CUGAAAAAAACAAAAAAAAAAUUAAAAACAGGACAGAAUUGAAAUAAGGUGCCAAAAAAAAGCUAGUUAAUCAGGGAAAAGUGGGUUAAAAGAUCAAAUUAAGGAGACAGAAACUAUAACACAUCCUUAAGCUGGAGCUCACUUAUUUUCUUUCUCAAGCACCCUCACUAAGCUUUUUACCCAUCUUUUCUCCUACGGAUUCUCAAUCCUCGGAUCAUCCCCUCCUCCUUCUCCUCCUCUUCGUCCUGUCCUCCUCUUUGAUAGACAGAUCCACCAUGGAAACUGGGAGCCCCAGGAAGAUACAGUUCACCGUUCCCCUACUGGACACCCACCUGGACCCAGAGGCAGCUGAACAGAUCAGAAGACGUAGACCUACUCCUGCCACUUUAGUGGCAUCCAGUGAUCAAUCAUCACCCGAAAUAGAUGAAGAUCGUCUUCCAAACCAGCUGUACAAGGCUGCCUUGUUGAACUCCCCUCGACAACGGAGAAAAGGGCAAAAAGGAACACCAACAAUGAAAGAGCUGCAGUUCUUGGUAGAGCACCACCUGUACAGGCAGCAGCAGGGAGCCGGGGAUGAAUGCUCCUCAGAGAGUUGCCUGUCGGACCGCCCCAGCCCUGACUCUGUUCCCACCGGGGAGGAGCUCCCGCACGAUGACGAGGCAACUGCAGAGGCCUUUGAGAAACUGCGCUGCCAAAUGGAGGAGUUCUCAAGGGAGAGUCUAUUAGAAGCUGCUGGUGGACUCGAGUGCCCCCUCUCCAAGGAGAAAGAGGACUGUUCCAGCGUUGCCAAUGUACCAGAUCCCUCAUCACAACAAAACAACGCACAAGCAGACACAAAAGCAGAAGCAUCCAGUGCGAGUCAGCUGGCAGAGGAGAAGACAAAGAAAUGCAGCCUGGAGAAAGACAAGUAGAGUGGUGCUCUGAACAACACAAUGCUGCUCAGUCUGCUCAUCCAGCCCAACACAAUGACAGAAGAUUGUGUAUGCAGAUCCACUUUUUAGAUACAUCAGGGCAUCUAUGUUCCUCUACAGUCAGGCCUUAGUUACCAGCCUGAGAACAAAAACAAAGGUUUCUACAAAAAUCCUCUGUAAAGGGACUUAUAUAAUAUAUCUGUUUUCUAUAGCUUCCCCUGCACUAAACUGAAACUAGCUUACUGUUGGUUUGAACCAGACUGGUUGAUGGGUAAAAGAGAGUCUAUUCAAACAAUAUAUUAUCAUACCACCACCAUGUUUCACAUGCAUUAUGUCCCCUUCAAUGUUCCACAGGCAACAAAUACUCUAUCUGCAAUCCUUUCAGACACCUUUUAUCAUUAAAUAUGUGCCAUGAGUUCUGACAUUAUUGUUUCAUCUCAAAGCAAUAAAAAUGUACCUCAUAAAUAACUGGGACUGAAACCACCAUUUAAAUUCAAAUGCCAUCAGUUAGUCCCGGUGAGUUACACGCUGAAUCUUAAAUGAAUG